CACGAGCAGCCCUGCAGUCCGUCCCUGGGAUUCGCAGCGAGAAAAAAAAACCGGCGUGCUCAAUAAUAGAGCGGCGAAUUGGAGUCGAUCUCUUGAAUUGGAAAGCAUCUGUACUCGUACGGCGACCAAGUCAGUCUAUCCCUGCGCUCCUUUUUCCUUGCGACGAGUACGGAGGUAUCCAUGGAUGCCCUGUCAAAUGUCAAGAGACUUUGGUCUGUGUAUCGUCCACGACUCCCAUCCACAACCCUCAACCAUAAUAAGCCACUCCGCUUGUGGUCGUGGUUGUUCUCUCUUGUGUUUCCCUCUGGAGAUCCCAUUUGCGAGAGACACACUCACACUCAUUCUUUAACAGGAACCCCCAGACUAAUAGGCUGGUCUACCACUAGCGGCGGCACCACUCCGGUUCAUCUUCUAUCCAUUCGCCUAAGCACAACGUCUUCACCUCCUCACACCUUCUACCUGCCCCUUUUCGUGCCGCUUAAGCCCAAAUGCUGGGUCUGAGGCGUGUAUGAUGUUCUCGUCUGCAAAGGGGUCGUCUUUGGCUUCCAGAGACCCCUCUCCCGCCACGACCCUCCAACCACAUCAGGAGUAUUCUGGCGAAGAGAGUGACCAGAAGCAAGGCGUGACGAGCAAGGAGGAAGAAAUUUUGGAUCUGGAUUUCUCCGAUUUAGGUGUAGCACAGGUUUUUAACCAUGAUCCUCGUCCAACUUUCGUUGUCAAAUUCGACACUCUCUCAGAGGAUCGCUUCGAUGUGGUUUUUGUAAAUUCGGCAUUGACUGAAAAUCCAAAACUAUUCACUGCCAUUGAGCGUGCAAGUGGCCCUCAACAAUCAUCAAAAGACGCCGCGGCUACUCAAUUCAGAGGCUGGUUGAAUACGAUCUUUGAUACAUCCUCCACAAAACUGCCACCGGCCAUCUAUUCCGAUUUUGCUUGGAAUGCCUUUCGCAUUCAAAAGACCUGGGUGGUUGUUGCAGGAAAUGAUACUAUCUUUGAUAGGCCGAUGGAUGUCCUCUCGCGCACUUCGAGCUCAAAUUCCACUUCUUCUCAGGCUACUGAAAUCCUCUCGCAUAGCAAAGUGGAUAUUGUGCGUUCAAAUGCUACAAACAGCAUAGAGACAGGGGAAGCCUCUCCCUCCUUUGUAACACCCGGAACACCGGACUGGACCGUACCAUUCCCUGUCGGUGAUUUAUCUCCUCAUAUCAUCUUUACUCGAAGCGUGGAUUGGGCUGCUACACCUUUGGGAGACAUGACUUCAUGGACACCAGAAUUUCGUCAGAUUUGUAACCUUCUCAUGGCAAACCCACAUCCCGCUGCGCUCUUCUGGGGCGAGGAACUCACAGUCAUCUACAAUAAAGCAUAUGCUGAUAAUGUGGCUGGCGACAAGCACCCGAAGCUCAUGGGAGUAGGAUUUUCGACGGCAGGAGCAUUCCAAGAAUUGUGGGACCACGUUGACACAAUUUUCAACGAAUGUCGAACUACAGGCAAGUCUGUCGCUAUAUCGGAACAAAUGCUGCCAAUUCACCGUUUUGGAUUCCUUCAAGAGACGUAUUAUACUUGGUCGCUCAGUCCUCUGUAUGGUGGCACAACGAAAAUCCUCGGCAUGUAUAAUGCUCCAUUUGAGACCACUCGGCAAACCCGAGCCGCUCGUGCCUUUCAGACUCUUCUGAAGUUAGGACAAGAUACUGCUCUUGCACAAACUGUGUCUGGAUUUUGGGGCAAAACUUUACUGUCGUUGGAAAGCAAUGGGUUUGAUUUCCCUUUCGCUCUGAUAUACUCUGUGCAGGAUGAAUAUGAGCAAGAGGAUGAUAAUUCCUCUACCUCUUCUUCGUCAGAUGUCAUGAAGUCUUGCAUACUAGAAGGUUCAAUUGGUGUCCCAGAUGGUCACGCUGCUGCACCUUCACGGCUGGAUCUCCAUCGCGCGAGAGGGGGAUUUAUUCCAUCGUUCCGAGACGCUCUAAGAACACGUCAGCCAAAGCUCCUCAAGAUCGUUGAUGGAUCUCUCUCCGAGUCAUUGCUUGAAGGCAUUCAGUGGAGAGGCUAUGGCGAACCCUGCAGAGAGGCGAUUGUUUGUCCAAUUCGGCCUACAAAUUCAGAUGAUGUGAUGGGCUUCUUAGUAUUUGGUAUCAAUCCCCGUAGGCGAUACGACGAGGAUUAUCAAAAAUUCGUUCAACUCCUGGAUCGGCAAAUGACUACAUCCCUGGCUUCGGUCAAAUUGUUCGAAGAGGAAACUUUGAGAGGUGACACUGCUAAAGAAAAUGCGGAGGCUGAGCGUGUGCGAUUCUCGAAAGAGUUGGAUCUCGAGCGCACCCGACUACAACGUAUGGCUGAGAUUUCUUCGGUUGGUCUGUUCUCAAUUGGAGUUGAUGGCAAAGUCUUAGAGGCCAACGAUCGAUGGUAUGAGAUUACUGGUCACUCGAGAGACUUGACGAAACCUAUGUCAUUCGUGGAUACUCUAAUUGAAGAAUGCAAAAGUGCGAUGUACACGGGAUGGAAACGACUUACGGUGGACCGUAUGCCAUGGACCUCCGAGUUACAAUUGAAGAAUAGUUGGUUUGACCCUGCUACGACGGAAGAGUUUGAUCACUGGGUUCUUGUAGCGGCACAACCAGAAAUUUGUAUUGAGGGGGAGUUGAAGAGUGUCAUGGGGACAAUCACUGAUAUUACGCUCCAAAAGAGAAGUGAGAAAGAUGCAAAAAUGCGAGCAAAGCUUGCCGACCAGCUUUUGACUCGCGAACAAGAGGCAAAGGAUUUACAAAAGAGACAAUUAGAAGAAGCAGAGGAAAAUCGGAGACGUCAAAACAACUUCAUCGAUAUUACGUCUCACGAGAUGAGAAACCCCUUGAGUAAGUUCGCUGAUGAUCUCCUAUGUUUCAGGACUGACCCAUCAAAUAGGCGCAAUACUGCAAUGUGCCGAUAGUAUCACCACUACUCUCAAAGAGGCAUUGACCGGAAAUUCUGCUCUGGAUGCUUCUGCUAUCGUUGCAUUUGAAGACGCGAUUGGUUCCGCAGAGACCAUCACCUUAUGCGCGCAACAUCAAAAGGCUAUCAUCGAUGAGUAUGAUUGCCCUUAUCCAUAAAAACUUUAGACCGCUAAUAUUGUACAGUAUCUUGACAAUCUCCAAGCUGGACGCGAAUCUCUUGCUCAUUACUCCUCUGCCAGUCCAGCCUGUGGGAAUAGUACGACAGACCUUGAAGAUGUUCACCGCAGAAGUCCAGAUGAGUUCAAUCGAGCUCAAUUUUAAUAUCGAAGACUCAUGGGUAGAUCUCGAUGCAAAUACUGUCAUGUUAGAUUAUUCUAGACUGCGACAGAUCUUGGUAAACCUACUUAGCAACGCCGUCAAAUUCACCAAGAACGAGGCGAAACCCCGCAAGAUCACCAUUUCUCUUUCCGCCCAUACAGCUGCGCCACCUCCCUUUCCAGACGACUUUAAGUACUUCCCAACCGAAAAGAGUUGCCCAGAUGUAACUGCAGGAGAGGACUGGGGAAGAGGUGAUAUCCUCUAUCUCCGAUUUGAAGUAAACGACAGUGGUUGCGGUCUGAACGAGGAGGAGAAAAAGAAUCUUUUCAAUCGUUAUUCACAGGCUUCUCCUAAAACCCAUGUCAAAUAUGGGGGCAGCGGUUUAGGAUUAUUCAUUUCACGUCAGCUUACUGAGCUUCAAGGUGGAGAAAUUGGAGCUGCUUCGAAAGCUGGCGUUGGUAGUGUCUUCGCAUUCUACGUCAAGGCGCGAAAAGCCGAAUCAAAAGAUGUCAACAAUCCAAAAGAGAAAGCAAUUCCUGGAUCUCAAAUGCUUACCGUUCCUAUCAUGCAACCCUCCAUUUCGCGCGUGUCCUCAGCACCAGCUUCCAUUCCAACAACCACAUCUCUCGACUCGGGCCCAGCAAAAUGGCACGUCCUCAUCGUCGAAGACAAUCUCGUCAACCAAAAAGUCCUCGCCAAGGGAAUCCGCAAACUAGGCUGUACGGUCCACGUCGCAAAUCACGGUGGUGAAGCCCUGGACCUCCUCCAGCAGACUAGAUACUACAAAGGACGAGAAGAUGAUGGAAAGGAACUUACGGUCAUCCUCAUGGAUCUCGAGAUGCCGGUUAUGGAUGGUCUUACCUGUGUAAGGAAGAUUCGGAGUUUGCAGCAGGAGGGUCUGGUCACGAAGCAUUUACCGAUUAUUGCCGUUACUGCGAAUGCGAGGCAGGAGCAGGUUGCUGCUGCGAAGGCUAGUGGGAUGGUAUGUUUCUUCUCCUCGUCCUCAUUCUUACUUACAGUUGCUAAUCGAAUGACUAGGAUGAUGUUAUGCCGAAACCUUUUCCGAUCCGCGAGCUGAUUCCAAAGAUUGAGACUCUUCUCAACUCUUGAGGAAUGAAUUCUUCAAGAACCUUUGCUAGUCGACUCAUUGGCACUCAGCUCGCCAUUUGCAACCUUCAUCUCCGCCCGGAUUCUUUCUUCGCUCCCCAUGGCCCCUUCUCGAUCGAAGUCAGCGAAGAAUAUCGAUUACAUGCAUAUACGCUGCAUAGACGAGUUCCUAGAAAAGAAGACCAAAGCGAGCAUUGCGAGAUGAUCUCUUUUUCUUCCGGCAUUUACUUUUGCCAUUGCUGGGUUAAGAUGAUGCAUGCAUAUUUCGGGCGUUGCUUUUUCUCCUUUUUUUCCCCCCCCUGUUUUCAUUUGCAUUGUUCCUUUCUACUAGAUUUCCUCUUUCCCCUUCUGCUAAAGAUCUUCGAGGAUCUUUGAGUUUUCGCGGAGGAUGUUUGGUGGGUGUGGUGUGGUGUGAUGUGGUCUCUUUUUGAGGGGAGGUUGAUUUGUUUUCCAUUUCCAUUUCCAGUUCCAUUUCCAUUUCUUUUUUUGUUAUUUCCCUGAUUUCAUUUGUUUGAUUUGUUUCCUUUUAUACACGAGAUACCCUGGGAGAAUUUCCUUUUCUUCUUUUUUUCUUUUCUUUCUUCUUUUUCCUCUCUUCCUCCUUUCCUACUUUUUUCCUUCUUCUUCAUCGUGUUUUUCUCUUUUUUUCUCUGGAUUAAGAAGAUGCUUCUAGGCGUUGGAUGGAUGGAUGGCUGGAAGAAAGACAGAUUGGUCUUCUCCUGGUGUGGCUGGGUCUGGAUUCCGAUUUUCUUUGGUUUGGUCUGGUUUUGCAAAGUGUCGUGAGGGAGUUGGUUGG